AAUUGAUAAACAUGGAAGAUGGCCGAAUGACGUGAACGAACUCAUGGGGAAAUCCCAAACAUCGAUCAUUAGCGGUUUCUGCCUUCUUUUCUUCGUUUUUUGAAUGAAGUUCAUCAAGAACAAUGCCGUGGUACUUCCCUUGGCCUGAUUACAUAAAGAAAAAGGCAUGCAGGUAUUUACUUCAGCGAUAUGUCGGCAAUUUCUUGGAAGAGAAAUUGACUCUCGAUCAGCUGAGUGUGGACAUUUACAGUGGCACUGGAACAGUGAAAGACGUAAAGCUUGAUGUCUGGGCACUGAAUGAGCUAUUGGAAAGCUGUGGAGCACCGGUAGAGAUACGAGAUGGAAGCGUUGGGAGCAUCUCUGUUGAGAUACCCUGGUCAUCCUUGCUCACGUCUAGUAGCAAGGUAGAGAUUAAAGGAUUACAGCUUACCAUACAACCAAAGUAUAGGACUGAAGAUGGCUCGCCAGAAGGAAAUGGGAGUAUCAGUGACUCCAUGUGGAGCAGUCUGACCAGCAGUAUCAUGCUUGCCCAGGAGUGUCUCAAGCAGGAUCCCACAGAAGGAGAACAGGAGGCAGGGAGCAGCCAACCCUUCGAAGGGCCAGAGCUCCUGGCACAGACUAUCGAAUCAGUUUUGAUGCGAGUGGAAGUGACCUUGAUUGAGACUGUUGUCCGAUUAGAACAUGUUCCACAGGGGUCCAGCACAGGAAUAGCUUUAGAAGUCCAUAUUGAGAGGUUACGUUUCUUUGACGAGGAUGCACAGGAAGCCGUCCAUCGGGACCAGGGGAGCAGCGUGGAUCCUUCCAGCCCGCCGCGCUUUGAACCUGCAGCCUUCGUGCACAAGAACCUACAGAUGAUGGGGGUGACGGUGAGGUGCGAGGAGUUCCCGGAGCAGCAACGCCAGUCUGUUUGGGUCGUCUCCCCGACCAGUUCUCCUCCAUCCUCAUCAGACCUCUUGAGAGAUGCUUUGUCUAAAGGUCUGAACACCAGCGGAGGGAUGGAGCAGAGUACAUUCCUGCAUGCGGCCUCCUCCCCUGAAAUGCCUCCCCAACACCCUCGUGAGAUGAAUGGGGUCAAAGGUCUUGGGUCAUCUGCCUUCACAGCUGACCUUCUAGGGUCAUGCCUGGUCGGAGAGUGUGCUGGAAAACAAGAACUCAAGGUCAAGAUCAAACAGAAUGAUCAUAUAGCUGGACCAAAGGCCGACCUGGAUGUCUACCUUGCUUCGGUGAAUUUCUUCCUUUCUCCUAAACAAGUGCAUCUCUUGACGGAACUCUUCAGUGGAUUUCUGUCUCCUGCAACUUCGGAUGUAGCUACCGUACGGGGGCGCCAGCCUAACAAAAUUAUGCAACCGGAGGAUUACCAACGGAUAGAGACUGAUAUACAAGAGCAUCAUCAGGUAGAUCAGACAAUGAAGAAAGGAUCAUGGAGUCUCCAUGAUGAUGAUGAUCUUGAUGAUGAUUGUGAUGAUGAUCUUCAACCUUCUUUUCAGCACUCAUUAGAUGAUGAUGAUGUAUUCUUCUCCAUGACGAGUAGUAUGAUGUCACUGUCGACCUUUGUCCAUUCCAAUGACAUGGAAUCAUCUCUGUCCAGUUCAAUCAGUUCGUGUUCAACAGAUACAAGUCAUGCAGCUAGCAGCGUAACUCACAUGAGCUAUGGAAGCACCCUGUAUCGAGCACCAGGAGCCUCCCCUAUGGCAACUGCUAUGCCAAGGUCUACGGGACACAAGAAACACCGGCACAAAAAAGGUUACACUGACCACCUGGACGAUGCAGCCGAGAUGACGCGCUACAAGAUCCGAUUCAGCAGCAUCACGGCAACGAUCCUCCAUGAAGACCCGUCUCCUCCUCCCGUCAUUCCUGCAUCCACCGUCCCUUCCUCCUCCUCAUCCUCCCUUCCGUCCCCCGCAUCAUCCCAGACCAGGGUCGGCAGCGGGAUGACCAGAGAGGAGGUGCUGUCCCAGAGGGCGGGCUAUUUCUUUGCCGCUCUGGGCAAGGGCGGUUUCCGACGCAAGGACCAGGACGAUUGGGCGGAGAGGUUCGAGACGGCCUGCCCCCAUGAUCAUCUCAGACUCAUAGCAGCUCCGUUCACCCUUGAGUGCGAAUGCAAGAGCAAUAGCCACUGGAAUGUGACCUUGGUUGAGCUGUCUGUUGGGAGCGUUGACCUCCAAGAGUGUCUGUUCAGCAGGCAGAAUCAAACCAACAGUCUACCUAAUAGAACACCUCAGCCAGCUGAACACAUACAGAUCUUAUCAUUGAGUGGAGAGAGUGGAAAUGAAAGCAGCUAUAUUACCAAACCUAGUAUCAGGACCAAGUUAAAACAUGCUCAGAAGAUCAGAAAUCAGACCAGCAAGAGAAGACAUAUAGUGAAGCCGACUCUUGACGUCAGCAUAGAACUGGGCGUGGUGCAAUGUGAAGUGGAUAUCUCUCUAGUCGAUCGUCUUUACACCCUGCUCCAUCCCCAGCCUUCCUAUGGCAUGGAUUCAUCCGGGCAAAGAAUGUAUCACUCUAUGCAAGCGAAUACUAGUCUAAAUAAACAAGCGUUUUUCAGACAAGCAUUGGAUGAUUCACCGAGUGGGUCUGACCUGCAGACUAAUAUUAGUGUGACCUGUUUGUCUACUGUCAUAGCACUAAGGUUUCCUAUUCCUGAUCUUAGAGGAUUAAGUGAGGUGGCUUGGUGGAGGAGAUCGCUGCGAGAUGAGAUACUCCUCGUACAAAUCACGGAAGGAGAGUUUAAUAGCGCUAUCAGAGAUAACAAGACUCAACAGAAGUUUCUUGUCAAAGCUAGGGAAAUCAAAUCCUCUGUGAAGUUAAAGCCAGAUGAAGCACCAAUACCCUUUGUGAAAGUGAGUGAAGGUCGGCCAGAUAAUUCAUGCAACUCAGACAAGACCUUCAACUGGCCAAGAUUACUGGUGGUAGUUAGCCCUGUCAUGCAGCCCUCCGUAUUGGAAGAGGACCAAGAGAUAAGCCCAGCUGGUCCUGAUCUAAACAUAUCAUGGGAUAAGAGUUACUUCCAGCAGCAGGAAACGGAACCAUCGCCUUUCAGUUCAAAGAAAGUCAUGUACGAGAGUGAACAGAUGGUGAUGCCAGGGGACCAAGAAGAGAUGAGAGAUUUCAUGAAAAAGACAAUACCCAACUCAAGACUAGUGUUUGAACUCAAUAUACCAAGGAUCAACGUGUUACUAGAGAGCAAAGACUUCUUAGAAAUACUAUACAACAGGUUUGCCAAUGACAUGUUACUCUGGCAGCCGACUGCUCCAACCCCAAGGGAUCCCAUAGAGAGUCGAUACUAUCAAGGAUCAGGGGGGUUGGAUCUAGCUACCCAGCUGGCUGGGAGUAGUGUAGCCGAGAGGUUCGGCAUGUGCAAGUCUGGUCUUCAGUUUGAUUCUGAGUCAGACGAAGAUGAGGAGCCGGACAGCCUUCAGUUCUACUCUGUCUAUGAUCACAACUCAUCGUCAAUGAAUUCAAAGUCCCAUCGGUCAAAACAUGGUGGUCAGAUAGCAGAAAGGACCAGUGGUCAGCAUUACAUGUCCUUUACCCUGAAUAUCAACCAUGGUAAACUGACCAUGGGAAUGCCUAUCAAAAAUCCUGAUGGGACUGUUAGUGAGACUGAACAUGGUGAAUGUCUUCUGGAGGUUGAGGAUGGUUGUCUGUUUGCUGUCACUGCUUAUAAAGGAAAUGACAAUGAGAGUUACCUCAGCCUCCAAGCCAACAGAGUGGCUCUGUACCAUGACGGUUGUGUAACUCACCCCUUCCGGGAGUCUCUGGACAGCACCAGACUGUCCCCUCCAGACCACAUGAAGUGUUGUCUCUAUCUCUCAGACGAUGGAGUCUCCACAAAGACGGGAGGGAGUGUAGGCAAAGGGGGCAACAGCCUGCAUAUGGUGUCCCUGGCCAUGAAGAAUUCCUUUGAUCCUGUAGGUAAUGUGAAGACGUCAGAUUGUGCAAUAGCGGUGCGAGGGGCCACCCUUCGUCACUACAUGUGUCAGCCGGAGUACCACUGGUGCACCCAGUUAGGAGAUUUCUUUGAUGUGAUAGAUGAACAGAUCAUGGGUUAUGAUAUGCCUGCUGUUGUCACCCAGCUUCAUGCCCACUUCUGGGGCUGUGGUCUUGAUUACAGGCCUUUGUACUUACCGUUAAAGUCUUUCAUCUUACUAGAGUCUUUAAGUAUAUCAAGUAACCUGGUUUAUGAAGCUAAGGAAUCAUUACUUAGAUUUCUCAUAGAUGAUGCUGCGUUGUAUAUAUCUGAAAAGUGCAAUGAGACCAAAGUUAAUCUGAAACGAGAUUAUGUGAGUGUUGUAGAUCUUGGUAUGUUGGAGCUUUCUCUCAGACUGAGCACCCAUGAAGGAAAGAAUCCCAAGACUGAGUUGAAGGUCAGUAACAAUGUGGUUCACAUCCGAACCUGUGCCGACUCCUGCAGUGCCCUCACAAGACUGCUACUCUACCUGUCGUCUGACGGUGACGACGGAUGUAGCCCUGAUCAUCAGGUGACGAAAGGAAGCGAUACAACGCAAGAAGUAGAGCGCCCUCCUGAGGAGUCGUCAUCACCUAAACCAAAUAAAGGAGACAGUCCCGUCUCUCAUACCCACUCUGAUCAGAUGAAACAAUUGAUGGAAGAAGCUAUGAGAGAACUCAAUGGCGAUUCACCGUCUCCUCAUAACUCACCUCAAAACAAAGAUCAUGUUGUACACAUUCCCUGCACCCUGAAGCAAGACAGUGGGGCGGAAAUGUUUCUGUUCCCCGAUGAAGACAACGGCUUGGUGGACGAGGAGGUCAGAGAGGAGGACGAUGACGACGUUGAAGUCCUGAUCGACAUUAGUCCUCCGGGGAGUAGUCCGGUGUCCGUGGGCAUGUCCUCGGGGAGCGGUGGUAGCUGGACCGAGCCUGAUGGGUUCUACAACGACGAGGAGUUCUGUGUUCUGGAUGACCCUGGUAUGGGUGUCUUGAGACACAGCGGUGAACCUGAGGUGAAGGUAUUAGACGACGGACCAAUUACCAUCAAGCAGGACCACUUUGCUCCUCCGAGGACAAGAGGGGACCAACUCAAUGCUCCGCUAGACUUCCCGGCUCCUACCAUGAGGUAUACUCUGCAAGAGAUGACCGUGGUCUGGCAUAUAUAUGGAGGUCAUGACCUUAGGUCAUCAGGGUCAACCAAGAACAUCUUCAAACCAGAUGUUAAAAGUACCAGCCCUGCACAUAGUGGAGAGAAAAGGCCACAGGGAGGGAGUGCUAGUAAUUCACCUUUUAAGAGACCAGGAGACAAGCCAACUUGCAACUUAGCUAACAUGAGAUGGCAGGAGAGAGGAGGGCCAGAGAGGGAUCAUUCUGUUCUUAUGGAACUCCAAAUGAACAAAGUCCGCUUCCGCCAUGAAACCUAUCCGUCCGAUGCAAAGCAAUCUUCAAGACAGAUUCUUUUGAUCAACGACAUUGAGGUGCGGGAUCGUCUCGCUCAGUCUCAAAUCAACAAGUUCUUAUAUCUCUAUUCUUCAGAAGCCAGGCCGAAGAGAACCCAUGCAAAUAUGGUGCUAGUGAAGGCUCUUCACAUCCGACCUGAUCCUGAUGUUGACACAGAAGAAUGUUGUCUGCGGAUAUCUCUUCAGCCUCUCAGGUUUAAUAUCGAUCAGGAUGCAUUAUUUUUCUUGAGAGAUUUCUUCACAGAGGUAUCAUCUGAAGCUACUUAUGUUCCUAGUCCUGAUCACAAGCCUAGUAAAUCCCCAACAGACAAGAAGUCCCACAAGGUGAGGAUAACCGAUGCCCCGCCCCAAAUCAUUCCAAAUCAACCCGUCCAAUCAGAUCAUCCCAUUAGUAACCAAGCAACCAAUGAUAAGCUUAAAGCAUCUAGUUCGCCUGCUCAGCCUGUCUUCUUCAAGUCUUUUGUAUUCUCUCCUGAUGUUCUCAUCAAGUUGGAUUACGAAGGAAAACGUGUUGAUAUGGAUCAAGGUACAUUCCUCGGUCUCCUGGUUGGUUUAGGUCAACUUAACCAUUCUGAACUGACUCUGAAGAGACUACAUCAUAGACAUGGGUUGCUUGGUGUUGACAGAUUAAUUCUGUUUGCAUUGAAUGAAUGGGUACAAGACAUCAAGAAAUCCCAGUUACCCAGAGUAUUAGGAGGUGUAGGACCAAUGCAUUCAUUCGUUCAACUCUUCCAAGGCAUGUUUGACCUGGUAAGGUUACCCGUCGAGCAGUACAAGAGGGAUGGUCGCCUUGUUCGAGGCAUCCAACGAGGCGCCAACUCAUUUGGUACAUCCACCGCCAUGGCUGUCGUAGAACUGACCAACCGGUUCGUCAAGCUCCUUCAGGUUGCUGCUGAGACAGCCUAUGAUGUCGUGUCCCCCGGACCCAGUGUGUCUAGCCGAGCUAUCACGUAUGGUCCAUUCGGUCAGCAGAGAUUAGCUAGACAACCAACAGAUUUCAGAGAAGGAAUGGCUAAUGCCAUCAACGUGGUCAGAGAGGGGUUGGGCGAUACCGCCACAGCCAUCAUGCAAACGGCCCUGGAAGAGCACGAACACAAGGGCGUGUCCGGAGCAGUCGGGGGCAUCCUGCGACAGAUACCUCCCUCCGUCAUACGCCCCCUCAUCCUGGCAACGGAAGCAACGUCCAGCGUCCUGGGCGGGGUCAGGAAUCAGAUGUUACCUGAUGCUCGGAAGGAGGAUGCCGAGAAGUGGAGAUCAAAGGCAAAGUGAUAUUCAGUAUCUUGGGCCUAUUUCAUGAAGAAUUACAAUUAUUAAAACUUUUUAUUUGUAGUAAGUGCGGCGUUAAUGGGUCUCGGCCGCCAAUCAGUAGCUAAGGAUGCAUGGAAAUGAAAGCCAAAGGGAAAAUGAAUCCUCUAGGGCCUGUUAUCAAGAACUUACAAUUGUUGUUCCUUUUCAUUAAUGGUAAAUCCCUAUGGUGAUGUGGACUCAGCAGCCAAUUGAAACCAACAGAUGCAUAGAAGUGGAGGUUAAAGGCAAAGUGAUUAGUCUUUGGCCUGCUUCAAAAAUAAAUUACAAUUUUUCAUGGUAAGUCCUAUAGUCACAGGUCUCAGCAGCCAAUCGAAAUCAGAGGGUGCUGAGAAAUGGAGGUCAAAGGCAAAGUGAUUUAUUUUGGACCUGUUUCAUGAAUGAACUUACAAUUAUUGUAACAUUUCAGCAAGUCUUAUGAUAACAGGGCUCAGCCGCCAAUCAAAAUCAAAAUCCAGGGCCUGUUUUCACAAAUUACAAUUAAUGUUAUUUUUCAUUAAUGAGAGGUGGAAAAUGAACUUCAAUCUUGACAAGUCAUAGUGUAACAGAGCUUAACAGCCAAUCAAGAUCAAUGGUUUCAAUCGAAAUUCAGGGUUUGUGAGAUAUUCUAGUCUGGCCUUUGUGUCAUGGUUCAUACGGGUCAGGACAGGGCAUUCAUGGGAAAUCAAGGAAGAUGAUGAUAAUUGAAAAUAGUGUUCAUGUAUCGUUGCUCACAUUAGGGCCACUUAUAUACCUUAUUUCAUAUUUUGAUGUAUAAUUUAUUUAAAGAUAUUAGAAACAAGUGACUAUAUCAUUUCAGGGUGCAUGCCUCUCUGAUUAAUGCAAUUGAUGUUUAAAGGAAAUGUAUAUUAUCAGGCAAUG